AUGGAGGGUGUUUCAUUUAUAGAUAUAAGCUCAGAGAGGAGUGAUGUUGAAUUCUAUGAAAAUGGUAUAAUGAUCUUAUCCGGUGGAGGCCCGGUAAAAGGAGGAGAAGUCCCGCAAUGUAGGCCAACCAAGCGACUUAAGAUCGCUAAGAAACAAGUACCUUUAGUCAAUGUGCGUGUUAAUUCAGGGUCUAUCGAGCAACAGAGCUUUUUCAACGAAGUUAAGGUUAUGUUGGAGUACAAUCAAAUAGAGGGGCAUGACAUUUUGGUUGUGCUAUGGGAAGGCGUACGAAUUUUUAAGAUCCAACUGAAACUAGAAGAGCGGCUCAGAGAGCUAUUCACUAUAGUUCACCACAAGUGCUUAGAAAGUCAAGUACUUAGUGUUAAUAACAGCGUUAAAAAUGUCAAGAAUAAAAAAAAUUCACAUGCAAAUAAUAAUACCAAAAGAUUGAUUUCAAAACUGUAUAAAGACGUCAUCUCUUCAGACAUCAGACUGUCUUAUAGUGAUCCACAUGUUUGGCAAAUAACUUUUGAUUUCAGUCUACUUUACAUUCCUCAAUCAAUAAACAAGUUCUCCAAGGAAACAUGUUCGUUCUUAGAUAGAAUGUUCUCAAGGGGUAGAUGCGAUACAAGUCACAGUAAUUUGGAAAACUCCUCGCCUUUCAUCCAGCAAAAUUUCGUGAAACAAACAAUUUCUUACACGAAGUCAAGCGUGGACUCCAAGGAGUCCACUGUUACAAAGGUGGAUGGCUUGAAAGUUCAUUUACUGCCGUUUCAAAGUAAAAGUGUCUCGUGGAUGUUUGACAAAGAAAGGAAAUGUUUCCCAGAUAUUGACUUAAAUAACGCCCUUCAGGCACUUUCUUUUUUGAAUGAUUAUGUCUCAUAUGGUUAUGAAAUGAUUUCACCAACAUGUUUUUGGAAUAAAUUCACAAAUUUCAUUUUGACACUUUCUGAUUUAAAGGAGAUAUAUAAUAGGUUUACCAGUGUUCAAAAGCAGCAAAAUGCUAUUGGUUGUAGAGGUCUUCUUUCGGAGGAAAUGGGUUUAGGUAAAACGAUCGAAAUUCUAGCAUUAAUUCUCAAGAAUAAGAGGUCAGUCUGUCAAGACAACACUUUUAUCGAUAAUGAUGGUAAAACGAUUUACAAAACGAAGACCAGCUUGAUUAUUUGUCCCAAUGCGAUUUUACAACAGUGGAUAAAUGAAAUCGAAAAUCAUACAACUGAAAACUUAAAAAUUUUUCAUUAUAAAGGAUUUUUACAUGUUAAGAAGUAUUUCAAUUGUGAGAAUAUUCAGGAAAUUGUCAAAACUCUUUCUAAUUGCGAUAUAAUCAUUACAUCAUACAAUGUGGUUUCAACGGAAAUACACUACGCUGAAUAUAAUGCUUCAUUACGACCUAGAAGAAAAAUAUCCCCGAUCAAAUAUGACUACUCAUCACCACUUUCGUUGAUGCAGUUCUUCAGAAUCAUUUUGGAUGAAGUUCAAAUGCUACACAGUGAUAGUACAAAGGCUGCUAAAUGUACAAGUUUAUUACACAGAGUGCACACAUGGGGAGUUUCGGGAACCCCAAUUCAAUUAGUUCGAGAUUAUCAAACAGCUUUGUCCUACCUUAAGAUUUCCCCUUUUUUUGAAUUGCCUGAGAUUAUAUCAACGAUAAAUCUUAACGUUAUUUACAAAAGGAAUCAGUUGAUCAACGGAAUCGCAUUUAGUUUGAAAGAAUUAAUGAAUUUUUUCAUUGAAAGAAAUCUUUGUAUAAGGCAUUCAAAGAAAGAUGUAUUUGAACAAAUUCAAGUACCAAAGCAACACAACUACAUUAUUCCUUUGGAGUUUGCACCUGUUGAGUGGGACAACUAUUUAGAUUUGUGGAAUUGCUUCUUAGAGGCUUCUGGCUAUCACCCAAAUGGCUCUGGUUCUACAAGACUAUCCAGUGCACAAUUGAAUCAAUGGUUGACACGGCUAAGAUAUUUGUGCUGCCAUGCUGUUUUUCCAGAUCAAAAUUAUAACCAAAAAAACAAUCAAAACUCAAAUAUAAAUUCGGGCUCAAAUUCUCUACUUAAUAUCGAUGAUGUUUUGAAGCUGAUGACGUCAGAAGCAAUUGAAAAAUUGGAUUCUUUAUAUAGAGAUAAUUACCAAAUACAAAUCAAGUCCGCACAGGCCAAAAUGGAACUUCAAAACAAGCCAAUGGAAGCCAUUGGAGCAUUAAACUCCAUCAAACAAAGUUUGAUUAAUGAUUUGAAAGUCAAAUGUAAUGUCGAUGAUCCUUUCAAUACAAAUGCUCUUUCUGAAGAUAAGAAUAUACCUGACGCUACAAAUCAGAGAUUGGAAAACAACUCUCGUAUGCGAACAAGAGCUUAUCUAGAUCUUUUACAUCAAUGCUAUUUUUUUGUAGCAACAGGGUAUUAUCUUAUGGGGUCAAACAGAUUAGAACAGCUUGAUCAUGAAAAUGAAAAGUUGACCCUUAUGAAAACUGACGUCAAGCCAAAGACCUAUGUGGAAUUCUUUUCUGAAGAGGAUAUGAAGUCCAUUGAAGAAAAUCAGCAGUUCGAGCAGCAGUACUAUACUUAUGCAGAAAAAUUGAGAGAAAGAAUUCUCCUUGGUAGAGUGCAGAAAGUUGAAAUUAUAAUUAGUGAAACGAACGUUCUUUUCAUGGAUGUGAAUGAAGUUGCGGAGAGUACACAUCAUUCCCGUGAACUGAAGAUAAUACAAUUUCAUGAAGAGGAAGAUUUCUCAAGCAAUAUCUUAGUCUCGAGAUGUUUUAAAAUGUUAGCUUCACUAAUAAGUUCUUUGAAUAAGCAAGCCCAUCAAUUUAAUACUUUGUUUGAAGAAUUGGAGCAAUUGCUGUACAAACCAAUAAGAAAGGAAUAUAAUGAGGAUAAUGAAGAAGAGAAAGCUAAUGAAUAUGCGACAUCCAUUGACGAUCAAGAUAAAAUGUUCGCAAUUUUUGCUUGUUUAGAACAGCUUUUGUCUAACAGGGAUUUGAUUUUGACCUCUGAUGAGAUUGUAAAGAAUCCCAAAAAGGCUCUUAAGCCACAACCGGGGCAGCAAUUCUCUGAAUUUCAUAGUAAGCUGAUAUCAAAAUUGAACGUCAUUAAUGGUUCACCAAUGAAACAAGUUUUCGAUGACCUCAAAAACUCACGGAUUGUUAGAAAUGUUUCGGGAACAACUGGCGGUGCCAAAAAUGUGGACGAUUUCGAAAACUAUCUAUUAGCAUAUGAAGAUAAAAUGAGUGACAUGACAAAGGAAAACAAUGUUUUGAGGGACUCUUUAAAAAAGCUCAAUAAUAUCUACAACGCAAAGCUAGAAUAUUAUAGUCAUUUGCAGAAAAUCUCAGAUUCACUAGUUUCCCUCCUUCAUAUGGAGACACCAGCUAGAAAUUUAAUUUUAAAAGCUGUAAGAGAUGGGACUCAAAAUCAAAAAUAUCUGGAAAGAAUUGGUACAGCAGAGUCAAGGGUAAAAUAUCUGAAUAGCCUCAACGCUCUAAAAGAGGGGAUUGUAAUGAAAAAGUCGUUCCAUUGUCCAAUCUGUUUAGGGACUAUCCAUAUGGGUGCAAUGAUAAAGUGCGGCCAUUUCUUUUGCAGAACAUGUAUUGGUAACUGGUUAAAGCGUCACACAACGUGUCCCAUGUGUAAAACGAGUGCUAGUUUGACGGAGGCUUAUAAUUUCAAAUUUCAAAAUGAAGAUAAGGAUGAGUUUAUGAAGGAUAAGACACUAGAAAAAAAUGUUCAGAAAAUGGCAAAUAAAAAUAUGGAACCUACGACGAACGAUAGUGAGCAAGUUUUUGAAGAAAAGUACUCAAGGUAUCCAAGGUUGAAGGAGGUCCAUCAAAUGCGUAUCAAGGAAAGUUUUGGGGCCAAAAUAGAUUUUGUAAUCAAACUGAUACUUUUCCUGAAAAUGAAGAGUGAGGCCAAUAAUGAAGAUCCACCUCAAAUUGUCCUGUACUCCCAGAGCUUUGACUACCUAAGAGUCAUAUCAAAGGUUUUGCACAUCCAUGAUAUAUCACAACUGACUUGCUGGGCAAACAUCGCCAGCAUUGGGGAAACAAUAUCAAAAUACAAGAAGGACAAUACGAUAACCUGUAUUUUAUUAAACGUUAGAGCUCUGGGUGCCGGUUUGAAUUUACUUAAUGCUAGACAUGUUUUUUUAUUGGAUCCCAUUAUUAAUCAAGGUGACGAACUUCAAGCUAUGAGCAGAAACAAUCGUAUAGGACAAACGCAAGAAACCUAUGUGUGGAAUUUUAUGAUUAGAAAUACUGUAGAAGAGAAUAUUCUGAAGUAUAAAUGUGUUCUAGAGAGCAAAAAAAGAUUAAUAGAAGGAAAUAAAGAAAUACAACAGAGCAUGGAUGAUUGUAUAGAAGCAGACGAGGAUCGUAAGGAGUUCGAGAUGAAUGAAAGUACUGGUGAGCAAGUGGCCGGAAAGCACUUAUGGCAUUGCUUUUUUCAAAACACAGAACAGGUUACGUCAUAA